AUGGAUCACGAAUCAUCUGCAGCUGAGCUGCACGCUACUGCCGUCGAGCCCCGCAUGAAGGAACACAAGGACAUGGCUGGUGGCAUGGAGCCAGCAAAGCCCGAAUACCCCCACGAAGAACAUGGAGAGAUUGCAAGUCUCAGCAACGAUGGCGAGGAGCCAACCGAAGAAGAAAGACGAACACUACGAAAGGUUUCCGACAAGCUUCCCUGGGCCGCAUUCAUCAUCUGCAUCAUCGAACUCUGCGAACGCUUCACCUACUACGGUCUCUCUGGUCCCUUCCAGAACUACAUUGAGAAUAGCUACGGUGGCAGAGUGCCUGGAGCUAUUGGUCUUGGACAAACUGGAGCUACUGGUCUGACCGACUUCUUUCAAUUUUGGUGCUAUGUUUGUCCCGUGUUCGGCGCCAUCGUUAGCGAUCAAUACCUUGGAAAGUACUGGACCAUCUUCUAUUCCGCCCUUAUCUACAUUCUUGGGAACUUGAUUCUGUUCUUGACUUCGCUUCCCGUCGCCAUUGAGAACGGUGCUUCUCUGGGCGGUCUUAUUGCUGCCAUGAUCAUCAUCGGCAUCGGUACCGGUGGUAUCAAGUCCAAUGUCUCUCCUUUGAUUGCCGAGCAGUACCAGAACACCAGCCAGUUCGUCAAGACGCUUAAGAGUGGAGAGCGUGUUAUUGUCGACCCUGGAAAGACCAUCCAGAGAAUCUACUCCAUCUUCUACAUGAUGAUCAACAUUGGCUCUUUGUCAUCCAUCGCCACUACCGAGCUCGAGGCCAACAUUGGUUUCUGGCCUGCUUAUCUGCUUCCCUUCCUCAUGUUCCUUGUCGGAUUUGCAGUCCUUGUUGCUGGAAAGUCCAAGUACAAGGUCAGAGCACCCGCUGGCUCUGUCAUCCCCAAGGCUUGCAAGGUCAUGUGGAUCGUCAUGAUGAACAAGGGCAACUGGAACGCCGCUAAGCCCGAGUACUCUGAAGAAUUUACUGGUGGCAAGAAAUACGACUUGAAGUGGGACGGCAUCUUUGUCGAGGAGGUCAAGCGCGCUCUCGUUGCUUGCAAGGUCUUCUGCUUCUUCCCCGUCUACUGGGUCGUCUACUCUCAAAUGCUCAACAACUUCAUCUCCCAAGCCGGUCAGAUGCAGCUUCACGGUAUCCCUAACGAUUUGAUGCAGAACUGGGACCCUAUCACCAUUAUCAUCUUCAUUCCCGUCAUGGACUAUCUGUUCUACCCUGCGCUCGGCAAGCUCGGUUUCCAGAUGAAGCCAAUCACCCGUAUUACUUGGGGCUUCAUGUUCGGCGCAGCCGCCAUGGCUUAUGCUGCGGGCAUUCAGAAGCUCAUCUACAGCACUGGACCUUGUUACGACGCUCCCGGCGCUUGCGAGGCUGCUCUGCUGCCUGAUGGAACCUAUGCUCCCAACAACGUCCACGUCGCCAUUCAGGCUCCUGCAUACCUCCUAAUUGGUCUCUCGGAGAUCUUCGCCAGUAUCACUGGUCUUGAGUACGCGUUCACCAAGGCACCCGCAAGCAUGAAGUCCUUCAUCAUGUCGCUUUUCCUCCUGACCAGCGCUUUUGGCUCUGCUCUUGGUAUUGCUCUCUCUCCCACUGCUGUUGACCCCAAGCUCCUUUGGAUGUACACCGGUCUCUGUGUUGCCUGUUUCCUCGCUGGUGUCCUCUUCUGGGUCAUCUACAGCAAGUACAACGACACUGAAGAGGAGAUGAACGAGCUCGAGAAGUACACUGCACCAGCCAAGGCAGUCGACACUGGCGACGAGGAGAAGGCUGCGGCUGCAGAGGCUCCCGCUCGCGAAAGAUCCAUCUCUGCAUAG